GGCCUCACCAUCAACCCUAUCAUCAACUAAUCACGGCUGUCACUCCACCCGAUACACUGAUCGUCGUGCCUGAAAAGUCUUGCUUUCAAAAAUGUUUAUCAUGUCUCUUACCUGCUGCUGUAUCUGUGGAGCUUGUACAACUGUCUUCGCCUCCCCCUCUGUUCCUUGUUCAAGCCUGCAUUCGAGUGUGUCAUUCCCUUAUCAUGGCACUCACGAGCGCGUUCGAGGCUGCCAUUGAGCGCAUCACUGUGGAUCCCAUUCUGUUUGGGCCUCUAAUUCUCUGCUUCGCUUUCUUUGCAUGGUCACAGUUCACAAGACGAUCGCUCGUUCCUGAAGAUUUGCCAUGGUUGCGAAAGAAGGGAGGGUUUCUCUUCUUUGGUGACAUUCGGCUUCGUUUCGAAGGUCUUGUCCACGUUCGCGACUGGCUAUCUGACGGCUAUUCGAAUUAUUCUAAGCAAGGCAAAUCGUACAUCUAUCGAACCUUUGUCGGAACUCCGGAGAUUAUCAUCCCUAAGGAGCAGGUUAGCUGGCUCCUGGAAUAUCCUGAUGAAGCUGUAAGCGUACACGAAAUGCAUCGCGAGAUGAUGGGCGCCGACUGGACAUACGGCCACCCAGAUAUCAUCCGUACCAACUUCCAUGAGCACGUCAUUCACCGGAAUCUGGCUCGUAAAAUGACUCCUGCCGCAAUCAUGGAGAUUUGGGACGAGGUUGUUUGCUCGAUCAACGAUACGUGGGGCUACGGUACGAACGAAUGGAAGGAGCUCUGCGUAUACGACAAUGCUCUCGAGUUGAUUCCCAGAAUCUCCAAUAGGCUCUUUGUCGGUACUUCGCUCUGUAGGAACACCGAGUUCUUGAAGGGAAUGUGCCUGUAUGCCGACGAUGUUUUCCGUUCUGCCGCUCUAAUUGGGCUCAUCCCCGCCUUUUUGAAGCCCGUAUUGGCGCCGUUGAUAUGCAUUCCAAACAAGAAGCAUUAUGCGCAGUCUGCAAGGUAUCUGGUCCCAUUCGUCGAGAAGAGAUUCGCAGAUAUGGACAGGAAAGAGAAGAAUCCUGGUUGGGACUGGCAAGAGCCGAAUGAUUAUAUCCAGUGGCAUAUCAACCAAGCAAAAUCCGAAGGGAGAACACAGGAGCUCGAACCUGACAUGGUCUCCCGAUAUACAGCUAUGCUAAACUUCGCCGCGAUCCACACCACCGUGUUCAGUCUAACGAAUAUCAUGCUCGAUUUGGUUGGUUCCGACCCCGCGAAAGGAUUUUGGGAAGGAAUUCGCGAAGAGGUCGAGCGAGUGUACGCAGAGGAGAAAGGUGUAUGGACCAAGCCAGCUCUCAAUCGCCUCAUCCGGACAGAUAGUGCGAUUCGAGAGAGUCUACGGCUCCGGAGCUUCUUGACUCGAGGUGUGAAGAGAAAGGUGCUGAUCCCGCAUGGUGCGUACAACAAGACUGAGGGCUGGACAGCGCCGCAGAAUGCCCACAUCGCGGUCGAUGCACACAGUAUCCACCACGAUCCCGAAAUCUACCCGAACCCGGAGGAGUUUGAUGCGUUCCGGUUCUCGCGGCCACGUGAAGAGAUUGAGGCGAAGCAAGGCGCCAUCGUUGACUACGAGGAGGUGCUGAGAUCUAAAAACUUGAGCAUGGUAACGACUGGAGCGACGUUCUUGCCCUGGGGUCAUGGCCGACAUGCAUGCCCCGGUCGAUUUUUUGUCUCGCAUGAAUUGAAGAUGAUGUUCGCAUACAUGGUGAUGAACUACGACAUUGAGCCACUGCCACAGCGGCCCGACAAUGUGUGGAUUGGAUAUAAUGUGCUGCCGCCGAUGAAGGCGACGAUUAGAGUGAAGAGGAAGACGGACACAGUACGGCAUUAUUGAAGGCUAUAAGAUAGAUGCGUGGCGCAUGAUGAUACCCCUUGCUUGAUUAUAUGGCGUACGGAGUGCCGCUACGUGCCAAACCGCAUUGAGCACCGGUAGCG